ACCUUGUGUCUGCCAGGGGGAAGCUUGUGGAGGUUAGCCUAAUGAUGACGAGCCGGGCUGUUUGGUAUCAGCUGAAGGCAAGUGAACACACCGCACUUGCUCUGCUACGGAGGGACGAGAUCAGUCACACUGUGUUUAGACUUCCGACAGGUGUAAUUUAUUGACUCUGGUGAAUGAUGGUCGUCCUUUCUCUGCGCUUACUAUAGCCUGGCCGAGUUGACCACGCCACUGGCCGUAUGCUGUCACAAGUCAGGAACAAAGAGAUGCUUCAGGAAAGGUCAACGCAGCUCAUCUGCCUCACAGCCAACAGUGGCGUCCCCCUAUUUACAAGGGGAACCUCCAAACAACUCCCCUUUUCUAUCAUUGGUUCCCUAAACGGGGUUCACAUGUUCGGAGGCGUUCAGGGAGUGGUGUUGUCCAGCUGUCAGACAGACUGCGGUGGUAAAGUGAUGUGGAGAGUGUUCCAAGACAGCGUGAUGCUCAUUGCUGUGAACGCAGGGCAGCAGGCAGGAGGAGGAGGAGGAGGAGGCAAGGAGAAAGAGGAGGAGCUCCACUUGCGGCGCUUGUUGGAGAAUGUGUGGAAUUGCAUGGUGCUGGUGCUGGGGCAGGAUGAGCUGGCUAACAUAAGGAAUGUGGAGCGGCUGAAGAGGGACCUUCACUCAUGCCUCGGCCUCAUUGAUAAGCUAUUGGAGGAUAGACAAGAAGGCAUAAUGGGGAACCUGACUCACUGUGCUGACUGCCUACUGCCCCCCAACCCGCCCCUCAUCCAGGAGGCUGUGGAUGGUUUCACACAGGCCGUAGACAGUGAGUUUGGUUGCCUCAUGAUCCACGGGCGGAUAGCUGCAGCCACCGAGAAGUGGUGGCGCCUCGCUCCUCAGGAGGUGGUGCUUCUCUCUGCUCUGAUGCAGUCCCUGUCAGGGUCCGGAUCAGCCUCUUGUGACUACCCAGUAUUCCUCCCUCAGGGUAGCCCAACUGUGGCCCACCGCCUGCUGCGUUUUCAGCUUCUCCCUGGGGCAGACGUGUGCGUGCUGUGUGGCCCCAGCCCUUCCUUGCACAAGGCGGAGAGUGAGCUGGUGGUGCGUUUUUGGUCACCCCUAGUGGAGACCCUUAGAAGUUGUCUGGCUGUUGGGGAGCGUUGCCUUCCAGGCUCUGUAGCCCUUCGCCCAGAUGUGCUGGCCCUAAUCAUCAUUAACCAUGAAACACGUCGUGCCGUCUCCUGCGUACGGACCCCCACUCACCCCCCACCUAGUAACCUCGCUCUGCCCCCCAAGGCCCGCUGUUGGGAGCUCCUUAGGCUUUUCUACAUCUUUGUGGCCACGCGGUAUUUCAGCCAGGAGGAGACUCUGUGCAUCUCUCCAGAAGAUAAGAAUCAGAGAAGCGACAUGGAAGACUUUGCCCUUGGCUUCUCCCACCAGCCACUUCAGUGCUACCUUGUAUUAGAGGAGUGCAAAUGCUAUGGACUGCAGACAGCCCAGCACCAGCUCUUAGUGCUCACUCCACUUUCAGUACCUACUUUUGCCCUGCGCUCAGUGGCCACACAGACCCUCUCAACUAUCACUGCAGCCACUGGGUUUUAAAGUGACAUUUCAUCACUUUUUCCAAUAUAAUGGUCUAGUUUUGUGUCAUUCACUCAUUUCAAUAUUACCUACAUUACCAUGUAGAUGUAUUUCUAUCAUUGAUAUUUGUACUUUGGUUAAUACAAACUUGUCAAAUUACUUUUUUGAGAACUGAUCCCAUAACAAAAAUAUACCAUCUGGGUCCAUCUUGGAAGAAAAAUCAUCAAAUGAUGUCACUGUUAGUUACCUGGGCGGCCAGUGUUAAUGAAUUCUGAACUGUUAACGAACUGCUUAAGAGCUUGUUGAAGGAUAUAAGCACUAAAACCUUCAGAACCAUUUAAAUUGGAUUUAAAUGUCCUGUCAAAACUGGUAUGCAAUUUGAAUUUUACAUGUAACUAUGCAGAACACUGAGGCUUUCUCACAGUUUCAGUAGCGUGUUAUUAAUGCGCUGUCUUGCUCUCUACAACACGGGAAGCAGAACAGCUUGAAGGCUGUGAAUGCUGAUGAGACGAGUGUUCCUCUGGGUCACCGAGUACCAGCCUCAUCACUGUUUCUCAGUCCGUGUACUUGACUAUUGUAACCACUGUCGAAGUGUUUGUUAUUUUGUACAUGUGAUAUUUGCUCAUCAUUUUGACAUUCUUUCUUAUAGCAUGAAAUUAAAAAAUGCC